UAAAACACCUUUGAAAUCUCAAGUGCACGAAAAGUCCAAAUUGCGUGAGAACUCUUAUUGGUCUUAAAUAUGACGGCCGUAUUGCAGUUCACAGUUCUAUUAUUUGUUUUACAAAAUCUGUGGUCUGGAGGUUUCCCCAGUGGGAACGUCUAUGCCAGUAAUUGCGAGCAUGACGGCAAAUCCUUCACACAACAACUGCUAGAACUUCACAAUGCAUCAAUGAAAGCGGCGAAAACGUUUGGGAAAAAAGAAACUGUGCAUUUUGCGGAACCUUGCGCUGGUUUUUGCACCGAAAAUAGCCUAGGCUCCUGUCCCCAAGGCUGCCGUUGUCGUGUGUUGAAGAAACUGAAGACGCCUUUAUAUAUGUGUUUCGAGGAAGGAAAACCACUGCCAAUGGGAUUCGCCGACUAUUGAGAUACGUUUCUAUCUGCUUGCCUAAUAUUUUUGUUCCAUGAAGGUUGAAGGUUCCUUAAAUUCAUUAUUGACCUGAGGUCACUAACUUAUUGUACAGGUGGUUUAAAGUUGUGCGCACCAGCCGAAACCUAUCUUUACGAAAUUGACCAAUAAAACUUUUAUUCUAUGGA